AUGAGCAACACUUCACACGAUGACAACCCUCCUCAAAGCAUCGUACCGCCAGAUGAUCAACUCAUUACGACCUUGCUUGGGACUUACGAUGCAACGUUCGACCGCAACAUGCGAUGGGUAGCGCAGGGAUGGGGCGACCCCGCAGUUGGACUCAACUACGUUUCUGGGGAAGUUGUGAUGCCCGAAACGGGCAACUACGUGAUGGUCAUUACGUCCGGCAACCCCGCCCUCCUCCUUUGCGCGACUUUCCUCAAGAAUGACCGUCAGAACCAAGAAGAAAAAUUCACCAUGGACGUGACGCUGGGCAAGCCAAUAUGCAUGACACUGGAGAAGGGAACUCGAUUGCGAUUGACCAAGACCAAAGAGAACACUGCCAAGGGGGCUAGUUGCACCACCAAGCUUGUGUUGUACCGGCACGGCUCGAACGCUGCUUCGGCGUAA